UAGGUUAAGCACCAAAUUGGGUAACUGUCCAGCGGCAGCACCUGCUGGAACUGAUCAUCCCGAGCUGGAGAAAGACCGGCACUGCUUUGAUACCAACAAACAUUUUGGCCAGCAAUCGAUCCAAGACCGGACUUUCGGACUUAAAAUGCCAACUGUGAAAGACAAGGCAAAAGAAUAUCUAACUGUGAAGGACCUGCAGAAGGUUUUGGACUCCUGUAAGCUACACCUCAACCAAAUUGAUGAAGUAUGGCCGAAUAUAUACAUAGGAAAUGUAGUGAAGCUAGCAGAAGUGGAGCAUCAAGAUAUGCCCAGAGGCCUCAACAGCAUGGCAAGCCCUGAGGUGCAGGCGGGCAGGUAUGAGACCCCCACGGCUUCUGAACUGCACAGGCUGAUGUGGACAAAGAAAGGCGGCAACGAGCAUAUGGACGAAGUUUACCCCGGGAUCUAUAUUGGAGACAUGUACGCAGCUAAAGACAAGAAGACACUCCAGGCUCAGCGCGUCACCCAUGUGCUCAACGCUGCUGACGGGAAAUUCAACGUGAACACGGGACCCGGCUUUUACAGGGACACCAACAUCGUUUAUCAUGGAGUGGAAGCUUUUGACAUGUCUUCCUUUGACCUGAGUCCCUUCUUUUACCCGGCGGCCAAUUUUAUCAAGAACGCUCUAAGUCUGCCAGCAGGUAAGGUUUUGGUCCAUUGCGCGAUGGGGCUCAGCCGCUCCUCUACCUUGGUUCUGGCCUACCUGAUGAUCCAUGAGAACAUGACUCUGGCGGACGCCAUCAAAACGGUCAGCGCCAACAGGAAUGUUUCGCCCAACGAGGGAUUCCUGGAGCAGCUUCGAAGUCUGGACAAAAAACUGCACUGCCAUUAAGCAGCUAGAGCAUCGAUGAGAGGAGCUAAUUAGGCUUAAUUAUAUUGUUGCCUCCUGCUGAUAUCUGUGUUUGAAGCUGUUAUUACAACAAAGAUAUUAUGUAAAUUGUU